UGAACGUAAGCCAAGCAAACUCAAGAGGAGCCAUGAACUGGACAUCGAUGAAAAUCCAGAUUCAGACUUGGAUGACAAUGGUUCCCUUCUAGGAUUGAAGCAUGGCUCAGGACAAAAAUAUGGUGGAAUUUCAAAUUUCAGUCGUAGGCAAGUCAGGUAUCUACAGAAGGAUGUGAAGUAUAAAUCAAAGUUCUUGGACAUGAGAAGACAAAUUAAUAUGAAAAACAAACACAUUUUCUUUACUGAAGAGUCAGAAAAAACAUGUUUCAAGAAAAGCAAAGCUUUGAGUAAGGUAGAAAAAUUCCUGAAAUGUGUUAAUGAACAGAUGGAUGAGGAAGCAUUGCAGGAGUCAGUUUCUCAUGACUCUGUGCAAGAUACUUGCACAAGCAGUGAUUCAGAACAAGAAAUGUCUGUUACAAAAGGUGAUGACCCACUGGAGAAGAGCAAUCCAGAACCUGAAAAGUGUCACAACAUCGUUUCAGUUGAUGAACUUGAAACAGAAAAAUGUAAAGGGGACAGCACAGUCGCAGCUGUUACAGAUAAGGAGGAUUGUGUUGCUCAGGAUAUAACAGACUGUCUUCAGGUAGAAACUGAAGCUGAAAUUAAAAAGAAGAAGAAGAAGAAAAACAAAAACAAAAAGGUAAUUGGUCUGCCUCCUGAGAUAGCUGCUGUUCCUAAACUGGCAAAAUACUGGGCCCAGAGAUACAGGCUCUUCUCCCGUUUUGAUGAUGGGAUUAAAUUGGACAGAGAGUGUAAUUCAUCAGCUCCAGGGGUUCAGAGAGGGAGGGGCGAGAAAGCAGCUGCCAGGAUAACAUCAGGAAAGGCCCUGGAAGACAGAGCAUGUAAACUGGGCUUUAAAGAUUUGAUCAUAAGCAUUGAAGUGAAUGAAGGUGGCAAGAAUAUCAAUGACAUGGAACUGGGAAUAUGUGGGUACUGUUCAGGUAAUAGGCUAAAAAAAACAUAUGACGAGUCAGACAGACUGGAGUUUAGUCUCAGCCCUUCCACUUACUAG